AUGAAGAAGAUUAUGAUGAAUUUCGAAUGCGACAAAAUUCAAUGUGAGCCGCCCGGAGUAGGCUCCAUUGCGAAUACAGAGCCGUUCAUAGCAGGUUCCACAGAAGGUAGCGAGCGGCUCGGAAUAGGCUCUAUUGCGAGUUCGAAGUCGUCCAGAGCUAGCUCCUUGGAAAACCUUAAGCCACCCGAAACAGGCUCUGUUACGCAACAUCCAGAGCCGGCCAGAGCAGACCCCGUGGAAGGAGCAGAACAACUCAGAGGAAAGUCCAUUGGUAGCUCAGAAUCAUCCAGUGAAAUUGCCAGUGAAGUAGAAUUACCAUCGCCCGUACACAAAACAUAUCCAGCGUUCCAGGCCCAAGACCCGCUAGAGGAUGUUGAUUUAAGUACUGAUGGAGUUUCACGAAUCACCAAGGAAUACCGGGAUUGUUUCGCUUGGGAUUACAAUGAAAUUUCAGGCUUGGCUCGAGAACUUGUGGAACAUCAACUACCUAUAAAAUUCGGAUACAAACCCCACAAGCUGCCACCGCGAAGGUAUAACCCAGAUGUGUAUGCAAAGAUCAAGGAAGAAAUUCGGCGGCUCUUGGGGGCAGGAUUCAUUCGGACUUGUCGAUACCCGGAAUGGAUGGCCAAUGUCGUCCCUGUACUCAAGAAAAAUAGCAAAUUGUGGGUAAGUGUCGAUUACCGUAAUCUGAAUUUGGCAAAACCCAAAGAUGAAUACGUUAUGCCUAUCACCGAUAUGUUAGUGGAUGCAGCCGGCACGAACGGGAGUUUGUCAUUUAUUGAUGGAUAUUCCGGCUAUAACCAGAUUUUCAUAGCCGAGGAAGAUGUUGCAAAAAUGGCAUUCCGAUGCCCAGGGGCCCUUGGAGUAUAUGAAUGGGUAGUAAUUCCGUUGGGGUUGAAGAAUGCUGGAGCGACUUACCAACGAACAAUGAAUACCAUAUUUCACGAUUUAAUCGAACAGUCGGUGGAAGUUUACAUCGAUGAUAUCUUGGUGAAAUCCAAGAGUUUUUCAAGACAUCUGUUGGAUCUCAAGCAAGCUUUCCGCCGAAUGAGGCACUAUAAUUUGAAGAUGAAUACAGUGAAGUGCGCAUUCGGAGUGGGCUCCGGAAACUUUUUAGGCCUCAUGGUGCAUAAUAAGGUUAUCAAGGUGGAUAGUAACAAGAAGAGAGCUAUCAUCAAUGCUCGACCACCUGAGAAUCUAAAACAGCUCCAAGGAUUCCUUGGGCAGGUGAACGUUUUGCGAAGAUUUAUUUCGAAUGCUGCAGGAAAACUUAAAACCUUUUAUGCGUUACUCAAAUUGCGAAAGACGGAGGAAUUUGUGUGGAAGCCGCCACACCAGCUGGCUUUCGAAGCUAUUAAGGAAGCUCUGGCCAAUCCGCCAAUGAGGCUCCCGAUAGAAGCGAGCGUGCCAUUUUUUUACCUUAGUAAGGUAAUUAAUGAUGCGGAGACAAGGCCAGCUUUAAGAGGGAGGCAAGCAAAAUGGGCUGUAAAGCUAGCCACAUUUGAUCUACGAUAUGUAUCAAUUAAAGCUGUUAAGGGGCAGGUCAUUGCUAAUUUUCUGGCAGAUCAUCCGAGCUUGAUUAGUGCUAGAGUUAGGGUAUUUAUUGAGAGCCCAUGGGGAAGAAAGUGGACCGUUGCCAGACCAUUGGCACCCGAAUUUACUAAUAAUCAAGUAGAGUAUGAAGCCUUAUUAGUGGGAUUGAGGAUUCUCCAUAAAAAAGGAGCCAAGAAGAUUAAAGUUCAAGGCGAUUCACAAUUAAUUCUGAAGCAAAUCGCUGUGGAAGUGGAGGAUUGGCGUAUGGAACUAAGAAAGUAUUUGGAACAACCAACUGAUGAUACUCUUGAAAAGCCCUGGAAGCAGGCUCUGAAGUGUACUUUGAUUGACGGAGAUCUUUUCCGCAGAGCUGCCCAUGGAAUGUUAAUGAAAUGCGUAAAUACUCAAGAAGCCAUGAAGGUGAUGGGUGAGGACAAAGCGGCCAAUAAGGUCUUAAUUGAGGUAAUUAAAAAGGCUGUGAAAGACAACUCGAGAAGAUGGCACGAAGUUUCAGGGGAGGCUUUAUGGGCCUAUAGGCAAUACCAAAAUAAAGCCACUGGUUGCACUCCAUACCAACUGGUGUAUGGGCAAGAGGCGAUAUUGCCAUUGGAAAUCACGGUGCCAUCGUUACAAGUGUUGAACCAUAAUUUGCUUAAUCCCGAGGAAUACGACACAACUAUGUUACAAAAGUUGGACGACGUACACGAGGAUCGGAUGAUGACAUUGGAGAAUAUCAGAGUGAAUAAAACAAAAGUAGCAUGA